AUGCAUGAAUACCAUUUUCCAACAGCCAUUAAACAGAUGAAUCGAGUGCAAUGGUUAACCUUGGACAGCACUCGUCUCUGUGAAAUUCCCGAAGAAUUGGGGAAUUUGUUUAAACUUGAACAUCUUUCACUAAAACAUAACAAGUUGGAAAAGCUUUAUGGGGAAUUGACGGAACUAACGUGUUUACGGUCCUUAAAUUUAAGAUACAAUCAAAUAAAAAACAGUGGCAUACCAGAGGAGCUGUUUCGAUUAGAAGAGUUAACUACUUUGGACCUGUCACAUAAUAAGCUUAAAGAAGUUCCGGAUGGCUUGGAGCGCGCCAAAAGUCUUUUGGUGUUAAAUCUCAGCCACAACCAGAUAGAAUCUAUUCCAACCACACUUUUCAUACAUUUGACUGACUUGCUAUUUCUUGACCUCUCUCAUAACCGCUUAGAAACGUUGCCACCACAAACACGUCGGCUAGCGAAUUUACAAACUCUGAAUUUGGCGGAUAACCCUUUGGAAUUGUUUCAGCUACGCCAAUUACCAUCUCUGCAAAACCUUGAGAGUCUUAACAUGCGUAACACACAACGUAAUCUAUUAAAUUUCCCGACCACUUUGGAUAGCUUAUCAAAUUUAGCGGAACUAGAUUUAUCAAAAAAUAUGUUACCAAAGAUUCCAGAUUGUGUAUACAAUUUGCACAAUUUGAAACGUAUUAAUCUUAGUGAAAAUGCUAUUACGGAGCUAAGCUCAAACAUUGACAGCUGGCAAAAACUGGAAGUACUAAAUUUAUCUCGCAAUCAAUUAACAUCAUUACCAUCUGCAAUAUGUAAACUAAUACAACUUCGUUGCUUUUAUUUAAACGACAAUCUCUUGGAUUUUAAUGGAAUUCCGUCUGGAAUAGGAAAGUUGUGUUCCCUACAGGUAUUUUCAGCGUCUAAUAACGUUUUGGAGAUGAUACCAGAAGGCUUAUGUCGUUGUGGAGCUUUGAAAAAACUUAAUUUAAGCUCAAAUAGGCUUAUAACUUUACCAGAUGCUAUUCACCUUCUUGAAGGACUAGAUCAACUUGAUUUACGCAACAAUCCAGAUCUAAUUAUGCCGCCCAAGCCCUCUGAGGCAAUUAAGGGGUCUGGCGUUGAGUUCUAUAACAUAGACUUUUCCCUACAAACUCAGUUACUUCUUGCUGGUGCUGCUGUGCCCACUGCAGUACCAGCAGCGUCUAGUACUAAAGAUUCUACAGCACGCAAAAUACGUUUACGUCGAGGUCCACGAGCAGAGUCCAAUCAGGAUUCUGCUAAAAUACUAAAGGGUAUGAAAGAUAUAGCAAAAGAGAAGGACGAAAGCCUUUGCCUGAACGAUGACAUGCAACCAGAAUCACUUAAACCGAAGCGAUGGGAUGAAUCAUUGGAAAAACCUCAACUAGACUAUUCGAAGAUCUUUGAGAAAGAAGACGGUAAAAGUCCAGGACUAACUGUAUGGGAAAUUGAAAAUUUUUUGCCAAACAAAAUUGAAGAAGUAGCUCAUGGAAAAUUUUAUGAAGGCGAUUGUUAUAUUGUACUUAAAACAUAUUGUGAUGAGUUGGGUCAACUUGCAUGGAAAAUAUAUUUUUGGAUAGGAAAUGAGGCGACAUUGGACAAGCGGGCUUGUGCUGCAAUACAUGCCGUUAAUUUACGCAACUAUUUAGGAGCGCGCUGCCGAACCAUACGGGAAGAGCAAAGUAAGUAUAUUUAA